GCGACGUUGGGUGGGGAACACCUGCAGUACAGCUUCUUCAGCGCCUUCCCAUCGUCCAAGCCUGACACUGAGUCGAGCCAAUGUCUCGAUUAUCCACGAAUCACCUCAUCUCAACUCCCCUACGUUCCAGCUCCUAUCGUCCCCAAUAUCAAAGUCGCCACAAUGUCAGCGCCAGCAUCAGCACCAGCACCAGCACCAGCUCUAGACCAAGGUCCAAUGACCGACGAGGUCCUCAAGGGCAUUUUCGCGUCCGACCAAGACAUGUACCCCGCGCCGCUGACCUGGGACCGCCUCCGGAGCUGGACGACAGCGGCGCCCGAGAUGGCGACAUGCUUCUACCUCUCUGCCGAUGCCGACGGGAACAGCAACGCUCCGACACUCAUUGGCGCCGUCAUCGCACUCCCGGUCCUGGCGCCUGCUUGGCGGGAUUUGCUGACUGGUGAGAUCAAGGAGGUGGACGUGGACGCGGGGACCAUGUUUCCUCGCGCCGGUGACGAGCGUUCCAAAGUCGGGCUGCACGUCUUCCACGUCGAGAGGUUCAAUGUUCCUGCGGCGCGGGGCAAGGUGCGAGGAUUCGCCGACAUUUCGAUGCGGGCUGUCGUGGCUGGUGCAGAGAAGAAGGGCUGGUCGAUCAUCGGCUAUUCAGCACUCACAGCAACGCCAGAGGGAAGACGAUGCUUUGAGAAGAUGGGCUUUGAGGCGACAGGAUACGAGGAAUUUUGGGUUGACGACGGACACGAAGGCGUCGAAUUGGUGACGAUUACAGCGGAUAGCGCACCCGAAGAACGCGAAGUACGAGAGGCGGCGACAGUCCGAGGCCACGCGAGGAUGCUGGCGAAGCACUUGCAUCCCGUCACCAAUGCUUAG